AUGGUCUUAGACUAUAUCCUUGAUCCUCAAGGCGAGGUUUUUAUUGUCAUCCGCAACCCAAAUGCUCCGUUCGCAGUUUGGCCAUCAACGACCGAUGAAGAUGGAAACCCCCCGACGCCAUCCAAAGAAGGGGAUGUGAAUGAAUUACUGAUUGAAAGUGACGCAGAAAGUGACGGUGGCACUGUCCUCGAAACCACACCAGGCGCAUUCGACCACAAUCUCGGAGAGCCGGAAAGGGACGUUCGAAUCCAGGCUUCUGCCAGACACCUCAUGCUCGGUUCUCCAGUCUUCAACAGGAUGCUGAACGGGGGCUGGUCAGAAGCCAGGCAGCUUAAGGAGAAGGGCUCAGCUGAGCUUGUUGUUGACGGCUGGGAUGUCGAGGCGCUAGUUGUAGUCCUCAAUAUUAUCCACUCUCACCUCCUAAAGGUACCCCGGAAGGUAACCGUGGAGCAGCUUGCUAAGAUCGCAGUCAUAGCAGAUUACUACGAUUGUAAAAGUGUCCAAUUCUUCGGUGAGUUAUGGAUUCGCGCGAUCUCUAAGGAGCCACCGUCAGAUUAUUCUCGAUACAUGGUCCUAUGCCUCUGGGCCUCAUACUUUUUCAACUACAGAACGUUGUUUACCACCUAUUCAUCGGCCGCCAUGGAGAAAGCUACCUGUCAUAUCUCUUCCCUUAGGCUUCCAAUACCCGGAAAUAUUAUUCAUGACAUGAAUGCGAAGAGAAUAUCUUCGAUCUAUGAGAUUAUCAGCAGAGUCUACACACUACGCGAUGCAAUUCUUAACUGCAGUUCAAUGGAUUCAUCAUUCUGUUCUUCGGAGUGCACCUCAAUGUCGCUUGGUUCUUUGUUAAGGUAUAUGCGCCCACUGGGGAUGGGGCUAUUACAACCAACAAAACCAUACCUUGGCUUCAGAUUUGGUGAUGUUGUUAAUAUCGCCAAUUUUGAGCUCACUGCCUGUCUAUUAAAUCCAUGGGUUUCCGAAGUUACGCAUGAACGUAUGAGACAACAAUUCAUAGAUAUGUCCCUGGGGAUUCCAAAAUCCAUCGAAGGCUUAGAUUUGGCCGAAUACACCAAGGGCUGGCAAGUGAAUACCUUACAACAGUAUGGCCAUGAAUGUGCAUAG